AAGCGCACCCUCCAUCACAUCAAGCUAGCGAUAAGUCUUCAACGCUCCCACAGUGGAUACUGCUGGCUCAUCGUUCAUUAGCUCUUUAGUCUGUGCACAGUUUACUAAUUUUAAGAACUUUAAAUAUAUUUAUUGGCACUCGGUUGACGUUUGUAUUUUGUGUUGACAAUGGCUGAUCCAAAAUACGCAAACCUACCUGGAAUUGCAUUUAACGAGCCGGACGUUUAUGAGACAGGUGACCUUCCGGAAGAUGACCAGGCUCAAUUUGAGUCGUGUGUACAAGAGGAGCUCUGCAGUGACAGCGUUGAGAGGAUUGUGGUUAACCCCAAUGCAGCCUAUGACAAGUUCAAGGACAAGCAUGUCAACACCAAAGGACUUGACUUCUCAGACAGAAUCAGCAAAAGCAGAAGAGUGGGCUAUGAGUCUGGAAACUUUGAAAUUCUUGGCGAGGGCUGUGGGGUGAAGGAGACGCCACAACAGAAGUAUCAGCGUUUGGUGAACGAGAUCCAGGAACUCACCCAGGAGGUGGAUGCCAUCCAGGCUGCCGCCACGGAAAGUAGCGCAGAGGAGCGCCUCACGCCAGUAGUUCUUGCACAGCAGGCGGCUCAGCUUAAACAACAGCUGGUGUCUGCCCAUCUUGACACAUUGCUGGGACCACAGGCACACAUCAACCUAGCUGAUCCAGAUGGAGCUCUUGCUAGACGUCUGCUCACUCAGCUGGAAGUGGCGAAAGGCCCGCAUGGCAGCACCGCAGGAGACGGCAAAGCUGCUGCUUCGGCAAAAGCUCCAGACGGAGUGGUGCUCUACGAGUUACACAGCAGACCGGAGCAGGAGAAAUUCAAUCAAUCUGCCAAGAUGACAGACUUGGAGAAGCGCCUGGCUGAGUUGGAGAUUGCUGUUGGCUCAGGAUCAAACAAGCAGGGACCUCUGAAUGCUGGUCUGCAAGGAGUCAAUUUGAUGGACACUAUAGAGAUCCUGCAGGCCAAAGUCAGCGCUCUGGACUCUGCCACUCUGGAUCAAGUGGAGGCAAGACUGCAGAGUGUUCUUGGGAAAAUGAACGAGAUAGCGAAACACAAAGCAGCAAUUGAAGAUGCUGAAACACAAAACAAGGUGUCGCAGUUGUAUGAUGUGGUUCAGAAGUGGGACGCUGUCUCCACCUCCAUACCACAGGUGGUGCAGAGGCUGGUGGCUGUGAAGGAGCUGCAUGAACAAGCCAUGCAGUUCGGCCAGCUGCUGACCCACCUGGACACCACUCAGCACAUGAUCAACAACUCUCUGAAAGACAACAGCACUCUGUUAACACAGGUUCAGAAGACGAUGAAGGAAAACCUGGUGGCUAUUGAAGAGAACUUUGCAGCACUAGAUCAGAGAAUGAAGAAGCUUUCUAAAUAAUGUGUGGCUCAGCCCAAAACCCCAGAAUCCAUGGACAAUAAAUAAAGCAUUGAUUUGCGAGCACUGGGAGGGAGGAGGAGGAGAAGUGGACCAUCAAAGAUGGAAAAAUGUUAAGACCACCAAAUGUUCCCCUAAUGUACUCUCAUUUCUAUUCACCUGCUUCAACUUCAUAUAUAAAAAUCAGUUUUCUUUAACCAAACCCAGCACGCCACUGGUUGAAGCCGCCUAUUGGGUUUACUCAGUUUUAGAGUGCAUUGUUUUUAAUAUUCUGAUCUGCUGGAUUUGUACUGUAAAGUGGACACAUUAAAACACUCAGCAUUGUUUUUUCUCUGAAAAAGACUGUCCAUCAGGUUGAGUUAGCAAACCAGUCAGUGAGGUUGACGUGUCAUGGAAGGAAAGCUUGUAAAUACUGUAUGCUUGUGUACGGAAACAUUUCUUCACACUUGUUUGCUUGUAAUUAUAUAAUGACCUAAAAACUCUAAAUCAGCUUUUGCAAUGCAAUGUCUGCAACAAUAUGGUUAAGUUAUGGUUACUGAGGCUGAUAAAUUCAAAUGUAGUAUAAAUGACUCCUUUAGUUUUGGGGGAUUUUGGAUCUUCAGCAAAGCUGUUUGUAAAAAAUCUGGUUUAUGUGAAAAAACAAACUGACUUUCAAUAAAAACCUAAAAAUGAAAAUU